UGGUAAGGAUAUCAGUCUCCAACAACAAGAGCCUCAAAUUCCCAUCAUUUUGAAUGCAAGCAGCAUUGGCAGCCAUGGCAGCACACAGCAUCCUUGCAUCCGCACCUUCACAUCCCACAUUCUCUCUCCUCUCUCCUUUCUCUUCCACACCCACUACUUCUUCUGCUACUACCCUUUCAUCUUCCCUUAAAUCUUCUUCCUUCAAUGGUGUUUCUUUCAAGCUUUCUUCCCACACUCAAUCCCUCUCUCUUUCCGCUCCCGCCGCCUCCAAACCUCUCACCAUUGUUGCUGCUACCAAAAAAGCUGUUGCUGUUCUUAAGGGUACUUCCGAGGUUGAGGGUGUUGUUACUUUGACCCAGGAAGACGAUGGUCCAACUACAGUCAAUGUUCGUAUUACCGGACUUACUCCCGGGAAGCAUGGAUUUCACUUGCAUGAGUUUGGAGAUACAACAAAUGGGUGCAUGUCCACAGGUCCACAUUUUAAUCCUAAUAAAAUGACACAUGGUGCUCCGGAAGAUGAAGUCCGGCAUGCGGGUGACCUGGGAAACAUUGUUGCUAACACAGAUGGAGUGGCUGAGGCUACCAUUGUUGAUAAUCAGAUUCCAUUGACUGGACCAAAUUCAGUUGUCGGUAGAGCCCUUGUGGUACAUGAACUAGAGGAUGACCUUGGAAAGGGUGGACAUGAACUUAGUCUGACCACUGGGAAUGCUGGUGGAAGAUUGGCUUGUGGUGUUGUUGGCUUAACUCCAGUGUAAUCUGAUGAAUUUAUCUUUGGACUGUUCUCUGAAAAUCGUGAGUACUCCGUAUUAAAGAAUUCUAUUGCUGGUACCGUGUGAACCAUAAACUUACUUGUCUUGCUACUCGUACUAAGAUCUAGGAGAUGUAUCUUUAUCUGUACUAUUGAUUGUGUAUCUUGAGGCUAAAGAUGGUUCCUGAUUUUGCAGAACCACUAAAAAUAAUAAUAAGUUUGUUGGGAUGCAAUGUUGAUGACAAUUUGCAUCACUAACUUCCCUCUUUAUGAGCAUGCAUUUGCACA